UAGCUAUCACUUUGUAAAAAGCAGUUAUAAUUAAAGUCAACAUUAAAGUUUGCUUUAUGACUCGAAGUUUGUACUUCGACUUUUGCAACCAUUGUUUGCACAAGAGCUUUUCUCUUCAAAUUUAAUUUAACUUCAUUCAAUGUAAUUAUUGUCCUAUCUAUUUUGGUUAUCGUUUAGAAAUGAUCAGUAUUUUAGAAGAAACUUCCUACAAAAUAUUGCUUCUAGUAAUGCUACGAUUCAAAUUUUUACCAUAAUAUCUGAGAUAGUGCCGUAGUUAAAAACUGCAGCGCCUAGGCUAAUGAAAUAAGUGAGUAAAUAGUCAAUUAUUCGGUAAACUUUCAUCUGAUAACAAUGUUACUUUGCAAGACUACGGUAAAUUACCCUUCGAAAUCUGUAAACGUGCAUAUUCAAUUGUGAUACGAUUACCGUUUGAGAACGAAAUUUCUUAUCGACCAUCAAUCAUGUUCUGUUUCAAGAAAAUGCCUUUAGAUGGCGCUAGCAAGCAGAAAUAAGAACGCUGUCAAUGAUCGAGGCUAGCGAUACGACAUCUCGCGAUUUUCUGCCGCUAUAACGUAACAGUGUUUGUUUCCACGAGUCGCGUAGGCUCGUUGAUGAUUGACGUUCGCUUCGUGGCCACGUUUCUCGUAGCUGUACGGAAACAGUUCAAAGUUUUACGGUGUGAUCGGUGUGUAAUGUCGUGUUCCUUCAGAUCCUAGUUGUAACAAAUCGUGAACAACUGUUCCCUAACUAUGAGUGCAUACUUGAAAUUUACCUUGUGCAAGAGUACUUUGACCGCUGAAUUAGUAUUCGCAGCUAUGUUCAACCUUUACAUGCGAUAAGCCCGCGUGACAUGAAUUAACAGUGAAAUCGAGUCUUCUCUGUCUCCGAUUUGUACGUGAUUCGUUUCCAUUUAGAAGCCCAUGAGUGCUAUAAUUACGAGACAAGCGUGCAUGAUAAACAUUAAAAACCCUUUGAAGACUCGCACGAGGGGGAAACGCUGUUACCAUUCCAAAUUCACGUUUCAAAGGAAUUCCUCGAAGCGAUGAGAUAAGCCCUGGACCGACAGGAUGGCCCGCCACGAAAGCGAGAGGUCCUUGCAUUCCCUGCAAUCGAUGCAUCCAGGCUCCUCGCCUCGUGUAAACAACGGAAACGAGGCUUCCCCGACGAAGUUGGCACCGUCGCCGUCAGCAACAUGUACCGACGACAGUACGAUCAAGGUCAAUGCCGACAGCAGCGUGGAUAGCACGAGCAGAUCUGCAACGGUUACCGUUCCAUCACCCACGGUCCCUUCGAUAUCCUCUCCAUGGGAUUCCCGUAUACCACGGCCCUCGCCUACAGGUCUGCGUCGCUCGGCUAGCGUACGCGUGCGCGGUGAACGGGCUUCCCCACAUCAACCACCACCAGCAGUUAGUACCGCGGUCACCGCGGCUCUGGCGAGACAGCAUCAGCAGCAUCGUCGCUUCAACUUUCUGCAACACCAGCAACACCAUCACCUGGACCGUCGCAUAUUCCCCGUCAUCACGGAGAAUGGAACUGAAUCACCGCGACAACGAUCCCUCAGCCUUUCAUUGACCCCGGUGAGGCCGCGAUCUGUACACGCGGCCUCCGCAGGAUCAUGUUUUGGAAUUGCCGAUGACAGCGAUGCGGAAAGCGUAAAAAGUUACGGAAGUGCCUGCAGUACCGCAAGCGCCUGCGAGCAUGCUACCUUCGCCUUCAACGGUACCACAUGGUCCGGUAGAUCAAGGAAAUACGUUGUUCACUGUUCCAAUCAUAACGGUGACAAUGAUCAGUACCUUACGCCUACCCAAAGAGCAGCUAGACAAGUUAGAAAGUUCCAGGCUCUACUGAAGGAAGCGCGUAAGGAGAUCGAGGAGAAGGAUCAGGAGAUUUGUCGGUUAACGAAGGAGGUGGUGGAAUUAAGAUUAUACAAAGCAUCUCUGAAUAGUCCAGAUGAGAGGACAGAUAGCAGCGAUGCUCUCACCGUACGAGAAAAUAAUCCUUUCUCACCUGAAUCCCCGACGAAGGAUCUACCAGACGAAGGCACGAUUCAGAAAGUCGCGAGUCCAGGUACUCCAGAGAAACGCGUUCCCUCCGAUUUUCCUUCCUCUUUGGCGGACUCUGGUCAUUUUGAAGACGGAUCCAUUCACUCGAAAGACUCGGUGUACCUACCAGAGAUACAGCCAGAGACCAUUAAUGUUGCCACAACGUCUAAUAAGGUUACCGAAGACAGUACUUCCGAAGCGUACGCCACGUCCACUGAAGAAACCCUGGAGAAAGAUGAAGAGAGACGCAAAUUAGUGAAUCAUUAUGAAAGCAGGAUUGAGGAAAUGCACCGCAGACACGUCGACGAACUUCAGGAACUCAAGCAAAAACACAAUGACAAGGUGGAGAGCUUACUCAAUCAGUUGGCUGAAGUAAAUACACGUUAUUGUGAAGUGAGACCAAGCGUUGAUGCCGCGGAAACUCGAGCUCAUGAAUUAGAAGCGGAAUUAGAAGCUGUUAAAGCUGAACUCGCUGAGCAAAAGACUUUGUUGAAUGAGCAAGAGGAGAGAAAUAAACAAAUAUACCUGAAAAUGUAUGCCAAAGGCCAAGAAGCUGCACGCAUAGAACAAGCUGAUAAAAUACUUGAACAAGCGCAUCAAACGCCGCCGAAGGUUACUAUUGCAGAGCUACUUCAACAACUAACAGUUACACAAGCAGAAUUAGAAAAUAUCAAGGACACAAGCUACUCGCCUGAACCUCACAUUUCAGCCGAUCGUAGCCAAAGUUUAUUAAGUGCUCAAGAGGCUGUUUCUCUCUGGGUCCUUGGCACACGUAAGGCAAUGUAUCGUCGUAUUAUAGAAGCAAGAAGUAAUCAGGGUGCCCUUGAUCCAGAGAUCACUUUGCAGUUCCUAAAAUCGGCAAUCUACUAUUUCCUAACUGACAAAGAAAAUCAUCAUGGUCAUCUAAACGCUAUCGAAAGCAUUCUGGGGUUCACAGAGGCUGAAAAGCACAAUAUCGAUAAAAUACAUCGAUCAGCAAGAAAGUAAUACAUUGUACAGCCUUUUAAAUAAUAAAUUUCAUUGCAGGUAGACAUAUGGGUUGAAAGUCAGUGCAAAAAUAUCUGAUCAGGUACGAACUGUAAAUUAUUUGUUUCUAUUAACAAACAUAACAGUGUAUAAUAUUGCUACAUAUUCACUUUUAUAAUUGAAAUUUUAAAGUCUUAAUGUAGAAUGCUUUUAAUGAGCUUGUAUAUUGUAUUUAUAUGUUUUGAUAAUUUAACUUUCAGUUAAUAUAUUUUUUUCAAAAAUUUUUCUUUUCAUAAUUUCAUAAUCUCUCUUAUAAUUCCUAAACUAAAAAAAGUAAUAUAAAUAUGAAAAUAUAAUGCUGAAUGUAAUUUAAUCCUUUGCAUUGAAAUUUUCAGAUUAUUAAUUGAUAUAUGCAAAAUAUAUGUAUAGUGAUCAUUUUUAUUGUAUAAAAUAAUCAUGUUAUGAGUACAGAGAAUAUACAGCAUAGUUAGGGCAUUGUACAGGUAAACAGAGUUUAUAUGAAACAGUAUUCAAAAAUCUUUUAUUAAAGAAAAUGUAUAUACACAUACAUGUACAUGAAUACCUAUAUCUAAUAUUAAAUUUAUUAAUUAUAACGUGUAAAUUAUAUAACAUGGUAUGAUAAACAUUGGAAAGGAAAUACGUAAUUGUAUAAAAUAAAUAUAAUUUGUAUUAUUUCAAUGCAGAAGACUAAAUAUAUUCGCAUGUUAUAAGAAAGUUAAAAUGUCAUACAUGUGAUUCACUGUCGCAUGAAUUAUUUGUUUAACCUAUCUUUAAAUAUCAUGAAUAUACAUUAAUUAAUUUCAAUAUACAUAUGUCUAUCUAUUGUGAAAUAUAUAAAUAUUAAAUUAUAUCAGUCUGGUAAUAUGGCGUCCAGAUAAGGAAACAAUUUGGAGACUGACGGAAAUAUCUUGCCUUUUUAUCCGCUUGUUAUAUCAAGUUAGAUAAACGUUAUGAGAGAGUAUUAUAAAGAAACUAUUUGCGGACGUCAAAGGGAAAAGUUUAAGAGCACAUUUCUUAUAUACCUGUUACGAAUCUGUUUCAUGUGUCUUAAAGUUAUUCACUAUAUUUAUCAUUAGGUUAAAACCAAAGAUACACUUAAAUAGUCAAAAAUUAUGAAACGUAAACUACAAACUGCAAAGAAAAAACAUUUCUGCUUUGCUUCGUCCAGUCGCUAAUAAGAACUAUCCCAAACACUAGGGACUAAAUUAAAGUUCUAGUAUAUAAGAGUUAACCUCAUAUGUAUUUUAAAUUUCAUUAGAGCUAUACUUUCAAAUAAUAUGGGGGGUAUCGGAAAAUAAUUUCAUUGCCCUACCUAACAAAAAAUUGCAUACAUAUGUAUAUGUAUAUAAGAACUAUUAAGGAAGAAGGAGAAAUGUUCAUAUUAUCAGAAUUAAUUGUGAUAGUUAUCUAUCACAAAAUAGAGGAAACAAAUCUUUGAAAUCAAGAAUUACUCACAUACUAGCAACUGGAAAUAAAGAAUAUCCUCUUCAAUUUCAUUUACAGCAACCUCAAUAAAGUUUUAUUGCGAGUAACGUCUUUAGACACGCUUCUAUAUUGAAUGCUUCUUCGCGCCAUUUUAAUAAUAAUGAUUACUCUCGUUAUUUCCGGGUUUUUUUCAUUUUCUCAAACUUCAGUGUUACACUCAUUGAAAAUAAAUAUUUUUGGAUAUCCCUUUUUCCUCGAUAGCCUUCGUGGAUGAACAAUUUAUUCAAUGAUGUACUACAUUUUUAUAACUUUCAACAUGAUAUAUAAAUAGCAUUUAAUUACUGGAUAAUUUUGAUAUUUGUGUAUAUGACUUAUAAUAAGUACAACUAAACGUUGUACGUACCAUUGUUGAUCAAUGUGAAGUUAUUAAAUUUAUUUGUAAUACUAAUACAGUAUUAUAAAAGACUUUUGACUAUGUAAGUACUUAUACAUAUUGUCAAAGUAAAAGACCAUGUUGUAUUCUCUGGCUAUAUAGUUGCACAAAUCUUGAAAAAUACUGUACACAGAAAAAGUAACAUCGGUAAAUAUUAAACCUGGAUGUACAGGUUUUUUUUCUGAUACCCUAACUAGCUAUUCGUAUUAAAAACUUGUAAAAAAAUAAAUUAUAGAACGAGAUUUAGGGCUAGGACGAAUAUGCAGUUUCGCUUCGUAUUUUUGAAUGCGUAUUUAGAAUGUAUCUAUAAUAGAAAUGUGAACACUUUUAACAAUAUAUUUUAUGCAUAUCACAAAUGAUACAAAAAUUGUGAAGUAUUAUUUUAAAGAAAAAAAUGUAAUGUUCACAUUUCUAAUUCAAGAUCUUUAAUGUAAAAAAAUACGUGUAACUAUUACUAUAAAGUUCCUUUUCUGUAAUGUAGAAAA